AUGGCGGCGUCCUCCCUGGAGCAGAAGCUGUCCCGCCUCGAAGCGAAGCUGAAGCAGGAGAACCGGGAGGCCCGGCGGAGUAUCGACCUCAACCUGGAGAUCAGCCCGCAGCGACCCAGACCUAUUAUUGUGAUCACUCUAAGCCCUGCUCCUGCCCCGUCCCAACGAGCAGCCCUGCAGCUCCCUCUGGCCAAUGAUGGGGGCAGCCGCUCUCCACCCCCAUCCGAGAACUCCCCCCAACACCACCCCCCUCCAGUUCGGCCCCGUCACAUGCUGGGACUCCCUCCGUUCAUGCCCCGGAGCAUGGAGAGCAUAGAGAUAGACCAGAAGUUGCAAGAGAUCAUGAAGCAGACGGGCUACCUAACAAUCGGCGGCCAGAGAUACCAGGCGGAAAUCAAUGACCUGGAGAACCUGGGGGAGAUUGGCAGCGGUACCUGCGGCCAGGUGUGGAAGAUGCGUUUCAAGAAGACGGGCCACAUCAUCGCCGUCAAGCAAAUGCGCCGCUCGGGCAACAAGGAGGAGAACAAGCGGAUCCUCAUGGACCUGGACGUAGUGCUCAAGAGCCACGACUGCCCCUACAUCGUGCAGUGCUUCGGGACUUUCAUCACCAAUACAGAUGUCUUCAUCGCCAUGGAGCUGAUGGGCACCUGCGCAGAGAAGCUCAAGAAGCGAAUCCAGGGGCCCAUCCCAGAGCGGAUCCUGGGCAAGAUGACCGUGGCAAUCGUCAAGGCGCUCUACUACCUGAAGGAGAAGCACGGCGUGAUCCACCGCGACGUCAAGCCCUCCAACAUCCUGUUGGACGAGCGGGGCCAGAUCAAGCUCUGCGACUUCGGGAUCAGCGGUCGCCUGGUGGACUCCAAAGCCAAGACUCGCAGCGCUGGCUGCGCCGCCUACAUGGCGCCCGAGCGGAUAGACCCUCCCGACCCCACCAAGCCAGACUAUGACAUCCGAGCAGACGUGUGGAGCCUGGGGAUCUCACUGGUGGAGCUGGCGACGGGGCAGUUCCCCUACAAGAACUGCAAGACGGACUUUGAGGUCCUCACCAAGGUCCUGCAGGAGGAGCCCCCGCUCCUGCCCAGCAACAUGGGCUUCUCCGUGGACUUCCAGUCCUUUGUCAAAGACUGCCUUACUAAAGAUCACAGGAAGAGACCAAAGUACAAUAAGCUGCUUGAACACAACUUCAUCAAACGCUACGAGAUGCUGGAGGUGGACGUGGCGUCCUGGUUCAAAGACGUCAUGGCGAAGACAGAGUCGCCCCGGACUAGCGGCAUCUUGAGCCAACACCACUUGCCCUUCUUCAGGUAGCCAGCCAACGGCCAGCCCGAGACGGGGCGGGGGCCGUGGGGGCGGUGGCAGCGACCAAUCAACUCUUCCCCCUCCAACCUGGCCCCCCGCCCUGGCAGUCUUCCACCCGCCUGCCCCACACUGGCGGUUUUGAUUUUCCCGUGGAGCCGAGGAGGGAGGGAGGUGGCAGAGGACGGGCCGCUGGUGGAGAGCUGAAGAUACGCCAGGGGGGCGUAGUCCCCCACCCC